AGUGUUAUAGCGACAGUUGAUUCACACUCGAGCAAAAUAUGUGAACAAAAUGCCCAUUCUAUUCGGUGCAGUCGGUUAUAACAAAAAUAUAGAGUGCAGUUAUGCAAAUUGUGAUGGCAAUUUUGUCGAGAUAGCUGAAACUUUGGUAUCAAAAGUCAGUGGUGAUGUUAAAAUGACUUACUCGCAUGGCCGAUAUCUAAUACACUGUGUGUCGCGAAGUAAACAUUUAUUUAUUUGUAUUACGGACAACACGUGUCAACGUUCAAGAGCAUUCCUAUUUCUGAACGAAAUAAAACGAAAAUAUAGGAAUUGUUUAAAUUUCACCCGCGAACUGGCGAGCGAGAUGUACAGAUACAAUGAGGACUAUAGCACUAUCGUCAUAAGAAAAGGAGAAUUAGACGAAUUGAACACGAUAGGAGUUGCGCCGAGCGAAGUUAUACUCGGAGAAAAAAUCUUAUACGUAGAAUCAAAACAUACCUUAGAAUACCCGAUAAUCUCAAAUUCGAGUUCGACACCGAAAAAAGUAAUCAUAACUCUAAACAAAAUUAAUAUUAAAAUAAUAGUUGUAUUAAGCGUAUUAAUAAUAAUCAUCUGCAUUUUGAAAUCACCACUGCCCUUGUCGAUAGUACUCCUGACGAUACUGUAUUUUAUAAUCAAAUUAGAUUUGCUAUAGAAAUUAAUAGAUUGGUUAUCACUUAUCAUAGAAAGACUGUAAAUAUAUUUU